AUGGAAAGAGUGCAUAGUAAAUGUGCGCACUCUAAACACACGGGAAUACUCACAAAAGCUGAAAUUGGGUAUGGAGGGUGGGCAUGGUUGAUCAUUUCUCUGUGUCUUAUAAAUUAUCAGAUAUGCAUGAAUGGCAGGAUGUAUGAACUAUUCUCACUAUUAGUCACAGAGUCACUGCAGUGUUUAAAGCAGUACACAAUUCUGUUCUUUCUUUUAGUGAAUGUAGUUAGGUGGGCCAUUAUCUAUUUUGCAUCAGAGCAGUUAAGUUCUAGCAUUGUGUAUGGCACUAUUUCUUUUUGUAUAGCCAUGGAGUCUAUCUUAGGAUUCUCUGGGGUGAGUGGGUAUAUUGGAGUUAUUUUAAGGUAUUUAAGUCUUACGCAGUUGAUGAAGGGCAUUUCGUACAUACUUGUGCGGAGGGAGGUUGCUAUACUUGGUAUAGAUGACCAGACAAUAGAGAAGCCGAAAGAAGAAGUAUCUCUUCUAAAGUUUAUUAUUCUUCCCACUCUGUGCUAUCAGAGGGAGUAUCCAGUGCUGCCAAAUAUUUCUAGAUAUAAUGUUCUUGUGUACAUACUCUUACUCCCACCAUCUGCACUGCUGACGUAUUAUUCAUUACGGGUAAAGUGUUAUUCAUUUGGGCUGAAGUUCUGGGAUGAGCCAUCUCUGGACACGUACAUUAAUAUAUUCCUGUGGAGCAAUUUAGGGUGGGCCAGCGGGUUUAUCUUUGUGUUUAUAGGAAUAUUUGGGCUGCUUGGUGAACUAACCCGAUUUGGUGACCAAUCAUUCUUUGAGGCGUGGUGGAAUGCUUCGGUCUCAACGUACUGGAGAAAGUGGAAUUCCCAAGUGCACAAGUGGAUAAAGCGGCAUGUACAUCGUGCGCUAAUUAAAAGAAACAUAACUACCAGGAGCAGUAGAAUAAUUAUAUUCAUAGUCAGUGGAAUUGUGCACGAGUACAUCAUAGGAGACGUGCUUAACUACAGAGGAAUUGGAUUUAUCACAAUGGCAUCCCAAGUACCUCUAGACACAUUUAUUAAAUUUGGAAUGCAAUGGGUAAAGCUUAACCAAGAAUUUGCAGCAACAGUCGCAUUUAACGUAAUUGGUGCGCCCUGUUUAGUAUUGGUUUCUGUGAUGCCCAAAGACUUUUUUAAAGAUGCGAUAAAGAGCUAGAUUGUCUAAUACAUUUGAAAUAAAUAAACUAUCAGCCCCCU